GAAAAGAGAGAGAGAGAGAGAGAGAGAGAGAGAGAGAAUGCGUGGUGAAGAUCUUGAAAACAGAGGAGGAGGACGAACUGAGGAAGUGAAAAGCAGAGUAAACGGCAGUGGCUACUCGGCCUCUUCUUCUUCCUUUCUGAUAGAUGACUCGGAGACCCAAUGGACCUCUUGGCUGAUCCCCAUGUUCGUGGUGGCGAACGUGGCCAUGUUCCUUGUGGUCAUGUACAUAAACAAUUGUCCCAAGCACAAUCUUGGCUUACAGGGGAAGUGUGUGGCAAGGUUUCUUGGGCACUUCUCGUUCCAGCCUAUCAAGGAGAAUCCGUUAUUUGGACCUUCUUCUGCAACAUUGGAGAAGUUGGGGGCACUUAAGUGGACUAGGGUCGUCCAGAAACAUCAAGGAUGGAGACUUGUCACCUGCAUCUGGUUGCAUGCUGGUGUUAUUCAUCUGGUUGCAAACAUGUUGAGCCUGGUGUUCAUUGGUAUACGCCUAGAACAACAAUUUGGGUUUGUUCGGAUCGGAAUAGUUUACAUGUUAUCAGGUUUUGGUGGGAGCAUACUUUCUUCUCUAUUCAUUAGAAACAACAUCUCUGUUGGUGCCUCUGGGGCUCUGUUUGGGCUUCUUGGAGCGAUGCUCUCCGAACUUAUUACAAACUGGACUAUUUAUAGCAACAAGGCUGCAGCGUUGAUCACACUUCUGGUCAUCAUUGUCAUCAACCUUGGUAUUGGGAUAUUGCCACAUGUUGAUAAUUACGCGCACAUUGGCGGAUUUCUGGCAGGUUUCCUCCUUGGCUUUGUAUUGCUUCCUCGUCCUCAGUUCGGGUGGUUAGAGCAGCGGAAUCUUCCUGCUGACAUUCAUGUCAAAUCCAAAUACAAGGCUUACCAAUAUGUAUUGUGGCUUAUUUCCCUUGCUCUACUGAUUGUUGGGUUUGUAGUUGCAUUGGUGAUGCUUUUCCGGGGUGAGAAUGGGAAUGAUCAUUGCCACUGGUGUCACUAUGUGUCCUGUGUUCCGACCUCCAGAUGGAAUUGUGGAGAAAAUUAAGCUUCUUAGGAUGGCCUUCCCCCCUCCUAUGGGGCCUUUCUUCCUCUUAUGUAAAGUAAAUGCAUAGCUGUUUUAGAAAUUGAUCUUUCCUCUUAUGUCUACUUCAUAGCACCUUUGGGCAUUAAAGAGUGUAAUAUAUAUGCUUCUACUCAUAACAUUUGUAUUGUGCCAUGGUUUAUGGAAUCGUUAUAGUUUAUGGAAUCGUUA